ACCAGAGUCCUCUCUCUCUCUCUCUUUCAUUCUCCGGUCUUUGUCUCUCUUCUUCCUCGCAUUUGCUUUCUCUCUCUUCUCAUCGUUGUGAGCUCCAGAGAUCGCACAGGGCGAUCCGAGUUCUGUAAUUCGAUUUUGUUUGUUGCAGGAUCAUCUUCCCAAGUUCCUCGGAUUCAACUUAAAUUUUUCCUUGAAUUUCAAAUAAAAUAUUUAUCGUUGCUUUUCCCCUGAAAGCUUAUUUUUUCCUGGAUCCUGAUUGAUUCGGGAGUAAUUAUUGUCUGGUUUUUGUUGGUUUUCUAUUCUAAAAAGCGGUUCUGGAAAAUUCGGGUGUAUAUGUAUAGCUUUGUUGGUGAAGUCAAGAGCGGCUUUGGAGGAGUGUUUGGAGGAGCUUUUUGAUGAUUUCUGUUGGGGAGAGGGAUGGGAGGAAGGAACUAAGUGUUGGAAGAGAGAUGGAAGAACUUGAGCUUGAAGAAGGAGAGGCCUGCUAUUAUGACAAUAAUAAUGGCUGUGACGAUGAUUCAAUCAUUGACCCUGAUAUUGCGCUCUCCUACAUAGACGUGAAACUUCAAGAUGUUUUAGGACAUUUCCAAAAGGAUUUUGAAGGAGGAGUUUCAGCUGAGAAUCUGGGGUCAAAAUUUGGUGGGUAUGGUUCAUUUUUGCCCACUUAUCAGCGGUCUCCUGCAAUUGAUCUGAGGAAUCCACCAGAAGUCCAGAACAAUAACAGACCACGAUCCCCCAACACUACGCACUUUGAGGGCGGUAGGCAAAAUUCAUUAGUUUCAUCAAGGUCCAGUGUCACUUCCACAAAUUCUUUAUUGGUACCUGCAACUAGGGUUGCUACAGCUAAUUCAGAAAUCAACGUAUGCAUACCUCCCACUCGGGCUGAAGAAUCUACUUCAAUAUGUAAAACUCUUAAGAAGCCUGCAGAUCCUUCUGACCAGAAAAGUCUGAAAGUGCGCAUCAGAGUUGGGUCUGAAAAUCUGUCGACCACAAAAAAUGCUGAGCUCUAUAGUGGACUUGGCCUUGAUGUUUCUCCAUCGUCAUCCUUGGAUAAUAGUCCCUCAGACAGUGAAGGUUUAUCUCAUGACCUUCAGGAUGCCCCAGAUGAAUCCCCUACGAGCAUCCUUCAGAUUAUGACCUCAUUUCCAAUGCACGGAAGCUUACUGCUAUCUCCUCUUUCUGAUGAUUUGAUUCAUUUGAUGGAAAAAGAUUGGCCUUGGGGAAAAAGUGGAUCUAAACCUGUGCAUAAAACCAGCUCUGAAACUUCUGAUAGCACUAGGGGAAGUAGGAAAGUCUUGAGUGAGAAAAAACGGAAGUCAUAUGAGAAAGGUGUCAUAGGAAAUGGCUAUAGCAGUGACAUGCAGAAUUAUGUAGGAGUACCUUCUAAGGAGAUUGAUGUUAAUACCUUGGCUUGUGAAGAACUAGUAUCUAAAGCUUUGAAGCUCCCUCUUCUCUCUAAUUCAUUUAGUGAUGUUUCUUAUCCUGCAAGUCAUUCCAAGUCAAUUGAUAAUUUGGCGACCAAUAUUCAAGGUAUGGUGAAAGAAGAAUCCUUUGAUCAUACAGCCAAGGAAGAUUUAGAGCUUGUUUCUGCUACAGAGAAUGAUGGGAUGGAGAAAUCUAAUGGAAUAAUUAGUUCAUCUGGAGGGGUUUUGGAAAGUGAAAAAACAAACCAUUUUGACUAUGGUGUAGGAUUUCCAAGGAAAGAAGGCAACAAAAGCAGGGAACAAUCUGAUGUUUCAGCCAAUACUGAGCGUAACAAAGGUAGAAAAACUCAUAAUAUUGAUGCCUCAGGUGUUUCAAAACCAUCAAUUGGUCCAAAGUUCACAUCGAAAAAUGAGGCUGGUGUGAGACUGGCAAAGGAACAAGUCUCAUCCGGUGGCAAAAAGAAACAUAAAGGGCCUCAGAUUCAUGAUGCCCAUGGGGGGAAGGUACUGAAUGAUGGCUUGGUAACUGAUUCUUCUUUAGGACAUAAGAUUAAAAAGAGCUCUUCUAGGGACACAAAUACAUCUAGAAGUGACUCAAAGGGUUUCAAGAACCAUUUUAAAGCUAGAGAUACAUACACUGAGUUAUUUGGGAACCUAGAAGCUGAGGAAGAAGAUGAUAAAAUUGGUUCAGAGAAAACACAUUCAUUGGAACUGUUGAAGGAUUCUGAUGCUAUUUAUGAGAAUAACAAGGUAGAAUGUAAUGAUACGAUGAAAGUGAGAUCUAAUGCUUCAAAAGUAGAAAAGCCAUGUGCACUGACAGAGCAUCCUAGAUUAGGUUCAAACAUGAAAACUGUCACUGGAACUGAACUCAAUCCUUCUCAUGCUCCAAUAGCAGAGGUUCCUGUACUUAAAGAAGAUUGGGUAAUGUGCGACAAGUGUCAGACAUGGCGUCUACUUCCACUUGGCACAGAUCCUAGAAGCCUCCCUAAGAAAUGGCUUUGUAAAAUGCUUCACUGGCUGCCUGGGAUGAACCGUUGUGGUAUCAGUGAGGAAGAGACAACAAAGGCUUUGAGAGCCCUGUACCAGUUCCCUACUUCUGCCAUUGCUGUCUCUGCUUCUGAAACACGAACAAAUAAUCAGCACCAAUAUCCUGAUAGGAAGCUUUUAGGAGUUGCUUCAGUUGAUGAUUUUCACUCAGGCUUGGAGAACAGAACUCUUGGUAUACAAGUUGCAGAUGCUAGUGGGAAGAAGAAAUAUGGAUCAAAAGAUCCUACAGAUGAAAGCAAACAAGCAGGCCUGGUGCAGUCUUCAAGUAAAAUCAAUAUCUUUCAGGAAACCUCAAAUAAUAUAGGCUUAAAUGACAGCAUCCAAUCUCCUUCGGGUGAUAAUGGGCAUAAAAAGAAUUCCAUACAAUCAAGUACCUCAGUUAAGGAGAAGCAAAGAAAUAAACUGAAAGAGAGAAAAAAGUUGCUUGACAGCAUCUCUUCUGAUGGAGGUGCAAAAAAUGCAAAGAUGAAAAACAAGCCAGAGACCAAUUUAGAUAAUUCUAGAGCCUCUAAGAAGGUAAAAAGAGAUGGCUUAUAUCAUGACGAUGAACAUUGGACCUUUGACACUGCAGGGGAGAAUGCAGGGCAUAGCUCAAGCAAUGGUAUGGCACCGAUUGCUUCAAUGAAGGAUCGACAUAAAUAUAAGUAUAAAGAUUCAAAAACUGCAGAUAAAAGUCCCUUGAUCCAUAAUCCAGUUAGUUCGAGUGAUGGAUCACUACAUGCUGGCAAGUCUAACAGUAAAGACUCUUCUAAGAGGAGGAGGAAGGGGAAUGGGUAUCACCAUUCAGAGGCCAACAGUAGGUCAUUUCCUGGUUUAGGAUGCAACUCUCAAGAUUCUGUUGGUUUGCUUGAAGAAACUUGUGAAAAUGGCCAAAGAAAAGAAAAGAGAGCAAGGGUAUCCAAAUCUGAGGUGAAAGAUUCUAGUGGAAACAAAGCCAAUGAAGGAAAAGACGAAAGGGUUAGAAAUAAGGACCAGCAAAUAGGGCAGUAUCUGGAUUGCACUCAGUCUCAGCAGACCAUAGAUGCUAUGGAUUCUUCAAAAAGGCAUUUGGGCACUCUGCAGCCUUCCAUGGCUGCCACUUCAAGUUCUUCUAAAGUUUCUGGUUCACAAAGAAACAAAAGCAAUCUCCAGGAACUGAGGGCUUCUCCUGUAGAGUCAGUGUCUUCAUCUCCUCUGAGGAUUCCUACUGUAGAUAAAUUCACCUCAACAAGAAGAAAUGAUUGUCAGGAUGCAGGAUCAUUAUCCGUGCUUACUCCUCGGAGAUCUUCAGAUGGAGAAAAUGAUGGGGGCAGUGAUCAAUCUGGAAUGAUUAAGAAGGGCGAAACUUUGAAUGCUGGGCAUAAUGGUUCUCUUGAUUGCCAGGAAGCAGAUUUGGGUCAUAUAUCAUAUGCUAAAGUGAGGCGAGACACUGCACCUUCUCCUGUUAUUGUAACACAUGAUGAAAAUGCGGCUGUAGAACCCUUGCCUCAAUGUGACCAGUAUGCUUCCAAAACACAGAAUUUGGAACGAGGCCAAGACAAGGGAAGAAGGAAUGAUGGUCUUCAUGGUAAUAGUGGAAUUGUCGUGAAGAAGUCUGGGAAGGGUUCCUCUUCUAAACCUAAAGACAAGAAUAGGAGCUACAGAUCUGAUUUUGACAGAUGUACUGUCAAUGAACCUUUAGAUCAAAUGCCUUCUUCUGGGGAAAAGUUAAAGCCUGGACAGAAUAAAUUUCAUGAGAGAACUGUUAAUCAUUCGGAUAGCAAUUCUGUGAAAGAUCCUACUGAAAGAUUAUUGAACGAGAGCACUAUUUCUGGACUGGAUAAGGAGCAAGCUCUGCUUCCAAAUCAAGAUGAUGGAAGAUUGACUAAGAAGCCUGUUUCUGACAAAACAAAUGGGGUUCCUACCUCUGGGAGAGGGAAGUCACUCUUACCAUUACCUGCUAGAAGCCAAAAUGAGACAGCAGCAUGUCUACAGUCAAUUCCUGGGUCUCAAAAAGAAGCUACAAAUUUGUCAGUUGAUGAUUUUGAAGAUAAUGCUUCAAGGGAUAAACAUGGUAAGAAAGGUCAGAGCCAGAGUAGGGACCAACCUAGUACAAGACACUCCACUGCAAUGUUAACCAAAGUUCGUGAUCUUGAUGCUCCUUCUCCAGUUCGUAAGGAUUCCUCCAAUCAAGCUGCUGCAAAUGCUGUAAAAGAAGCGACAAACCUUAAACACCUGGCUGAUCGUCUAAAGAAUUCUGGAUCAAGUGACAGCACGGGUCUUUAUUUCGAGGCUGCGUUAAAGUUUCUCACAGGAGCAGCUUUAUUUGAAUCAUGCAACAAUGAUAGUGUGAAGCACAAUGAGAUGACUCAGUCGGGCCAAAUUUAUAGUAGCACUGCAAAACUCUGCGAGUUUUGUGCCCAUGAAUAUGAAAGGUCCAAGGACAUGGCUGCUGCUGCACUUGCAUACAAAUGCAUGGAGGUCGCAUACAUGCGUGUAAUUUAUUCCUCGCAUUCCAAUGCAAACAGAUAUAGAAAUGAGUUACAGGCAGCUUUGCAAAUAUUUCCUCCAGGCGAAUCUCCUUCCUCUUCUGCCUCUGAUGUUGACAAUUUGAACAAUCCAUCAGCUGUAGACAAGGGUGGCUUGGCCAAAGGUGUUGGAUCUCCUCAAGUGACUGGAGCUCAUGUUAUGACAACAAGAAAUCGUUCCAAUUUCUCACGGCUUCUGAAUUUUGCACAGGAGGUUAGUUUUGCAAUGGAAGCCUCCAGGAAAUCAAGGGCUGCUUUUGCAGCUGCAAAUUCAAAAACAGGAGAUGAUAAAUGCAAAGAGGGUAUCUUAUCUGUUAAAAGGGCACUUGAUUUCAACUUUCAGGAUGUAGAUGGAUUACUGCGCCUUGUGCGCAUUGCGAUGGACAAGAUCAAACCGGUGAAGUGUUAACUUGGAAGUCACUCCACUCUACUGUCAAUUGAGGAAGAACAUAGCAGAGGAUCACUUUGAGAACAUUAUAGACUCCCUUUGAAUGAUAAGAUCCAUCUCUUCACUGCCCUUGUACAUCUGUACAGUAAUAGUGUUACUAUGUCACCCUGGCAGAAACUAGUAACGUUGCCAAGCUCUCAGUUAGGUUACUGAUCCUACUAACUUCUAGUUCCAGAUCCAACAGCUGUGUGGCAGGUGGCAGGGUUGAGUCUGAGGUGAAUUCAUGAGAGAACUUGUAAUAUUUUGGAUAACAUUUCUGUGAAAGAUUAUUGAAUGCGAGCACUGAAGAAGAAAUUCACUCAAAACUGUGCUGACAAUAAUGAGAGAUGUUAGAGUAGACAUUAUACCUGGACUGGUCAAGGAGCAGGCUCUACAGUUCAACCCCUGUGAGAGGGAAAUCACUUUUACCAUGGCACUACCUACUAGAAGUCAAAAUGAGACAGUAGCAUACCCUCAAUCAAUUCCUGGGUCUCAAAAAGGGGCAUCUAUGAAUCUGAUGUCAGGUGAUGGUUUUGAAGGUAAUGCAAUAAUGAAUAAGCAGGGUAAGAAAGAUCAGAGCCGGAGUGGUUGCCAACAUAGUUGUUUAAAAACUCCACAACAAUGCUCAUCAACAAGAAAUCGUUCCAACUUCACACCGCUACUGAAUUCUGAAGUUAGUUUUGCAUUUGCAAUGGAAGCCCCGAGGAAAUGAAGGACAGCUUUUGCAGCUGCAGAUUCAAGAAUAUAAAGCGAUCAAUACAAUGAGGGUGUCUCACCUGUUAAAAACGUCCCUUGAUUUCAACCUCCAGGAUGUGGAAUGGAUUGAGAGGCGAAAAAUGCCUGGAGCCAUGGUGGUAGCAUAGAAGUGUGCAACCAGAUCUCUCUUUAAUUUGACUUGGAAAAUGUCCCUGUCUUAACACGGUCUCAAUUAGUUGAUUCAAAAUUCCCCCUUCAUGUACAUGUUGCUAGCUGCACUGAAGUAAAAACUAACUCCUUAAACCACCACUAUCCUGUGUUUAUAGGCCUCUGUAAGGUUAUUUGAGAAUCAUUUGUAAAUAUAAAUUUUCCACAGUUCAUGAGAAAUGACAUUCCAUAUAUACGCUGCAGAUUCAUAA